AAAAAUAAGAUAAACUUCACAUUUUACGAAUACAAUGCGCUUCAAUUUCAUUUUAUCAGGUGUUUUAGCCCUAGCAAGCUUAGUUUCUGCUGCCUUAAAUGUUGCUUCACAACAAGUUUCGGAAUUUAGUUUAAAGGAACUCGUAGAUUUAGAAGUUCAUCGUAUUCCUUAUUCACAUCUUGAUCUUGUCCUUGUAUGCUUUUAUAAAGGAGGUCUAGAUGAUCUUUAUACAAUAAAACAAGGGCUUUCGUUUUCUGCAUCAUUGAAUUCUAAAGUCAGAAUUGCUCAUAUUUCCAGAAAAUGUGACAGUUUUUUCCUUAAAGUACUUGCUUAUGAUGAAUGCGACAAUCUUUUCGUAUAUUUCUCAUCUGGAUUUUCAGUUUCUGUAUCUGGAAGGGUUGAGUAUCAUAGAGAAUGCGUUCCCGCGAAAGUAGUUCAACCGUCACAAACGACUAAACCGGUUCCUCAAUUAACAGAUGCAUCAACAUCAACUUCGGAUACUUUAUGUGACGAGACACCUACUAAAACUGAAGUCAAAGUGCCAACUAAAACUUAUGAAGGACAAGAGCAGCUUAUUCCAAGUCGUUCAGUUCCUUUACCUAGCACUCGCAAAACAGAACCUAUAGAAACACUUACUUCAGCUACUCAUUCACAGACGUCAGCUACUGACGUCAAACCAACUAGAAAACCAGAUGAUAUUGAUAAUAGUGGAUCUGUGCUUACAUUCAAACUCUUUGGAACGCUUUUUGCUGUUCUUGUUAUAUUCCUUUGCUCUUAAAACUAACA